AUGGUCAGGCCACGGAUCUCCAGCUCACACACAGCACCGUCAUGCCUCAGCGUCAAGGCCCUGCCCAUCAAGUUCACAAAGGGACUGAAGAAGGAAGAGGCCAAGGAAGGGGCAACAGUUACACUGCGCUGUGAGCUGAGCAAGGAGGCCCCUGUGGAGUGGAGGAAGGGGCCCAAGACCCUCCAGUCUGGGGACAGAGUCAACCUGAGGCAGGAAGGAGUUGUAUGUGAGCUGGAGAUCCGUGGCCUGACCGUGGCAGAUGCUGGGGAGUACUCGUGCAUGUGUGGGCAGGAGAGAACCAUGGCCAUGCUGACCAUCAUGGCCCUGCCUGCCAAGUUCACAAAGGGCCUGAAGAAGGAAGAGGCCACAGAAGGGGCCACAGUCACGCUACACUGUGAGCUGAGCAAGGAGGCCCCUGUGGAGUGGAGGAAGGGGCCAGAGGUCCUGAAAUCUGGGGACAGAGUGAGCCUGAGGAAGGAUGGAGUUGUGUGUGAGCUGGAGAUCCGUGGCCUGACCAUGGCAGAUGCUGGGGAGUACUCGUGCGUGUGUGGGCAGGAGAGAACCUCAGCCACACUCAACAUCAAGGCCCUGCCUGCUCGGUUCACGGAAGAUCUGAAGACCAAGGAGGCCACAGAAGGGGCCACAGCCACACUGCACUGUAAGCUGAGCAAGGAGGCCCCCGUGGAGUGGAGGAAGGGGCCGGAGACCCUCAGAGCUGGGGGCAGAGUGAGCCUGAGGCAGGACGGGGCCAUGUGUGAGCUGGAGAUCCGUGGACUGACCAUGGCGGAUGCUGGGGAGUACUCGUGCGUGUGUGGGCAGGAGAGAACCUCAGCCACGCUCACCGUCAAGGCCCUGCCUGCCAAGUUCAUAAAGGACCUGAGGAAGGAAGAGGCCACAGAAGGGGCCACAGUGAUGCUGUGUUGUGAGCUGAGCAAGGAAGCCCCCGUGGAGUGGAAGAAGGGGCCUGAGACCCUCAAAUCUGAAGACAGAGUGAGCAUGAGGCAGGACGGGGUCCUCUGUGAACUGCAGAUCUGUGGCCUGACCAUGGCAGAUGCUGGGGAGUACUCGUGCGUGUGUGGGCAGGAGAGAACCUCGGCCACGCUCACCAUCAAGGCCCUGCCCAUCAAGUUCACAAAGGGACUGAAGAAGGAAGAGGCCAAGGAAGGAGCAACAAUCAUGCUGCGCUGUGAGCUAAGCAAGGAGGCCCCCGUGGAGUGGAGGAAGGGGCCAGAGAUCCUCCAAUCUAGGGACAGAGUCAACAUGAGGCAGGACGGAGUCGUAUGUGAGCUGGAGAUCCAUGGCGUGACUGUGGCAGAUGCUGGGGAAUAUUCGUGCAUGUGUGGGCAGGAGAGAACCACGGCCAUGCUGACCGUCAGGGCCCUACCUGUCAAGUUCAUAAAGGGACUGAAGAAGGAAGAGGCCAAAGAAGGGGCAAUGGUCAUGCUACACUGUGAGCUGAGCAAGGAGGCCCCUGUUGAGUGGAGGAAGGGGCCAGAGAUCCUCAAAUCUGGGGACAGAGUCAACAUGAGGCAGGACAGAGUCGUAUGUGAGCUGGAGAUCCAUGCCCUGACCAUGGCGGAUGCUGGGGAAUAUUCAUGCAUCUGUGGGCAGGAGAGAACUUCAGCCAUGCUGACCAUCAUGGCCCUGCCUGCCAAGUUCACAAAGGACCUGAAGAAGGAAGAGGCCAAGGAAGGGGCAACGGUCAUGCUACACUCCCUGCCCAUCAAGUUCACAAAGGGCCUGAAGAAGGAAGAGGCCAAGGAAGGGGCAACAGUUACACUGCGCUGUGAGCUGAGCAAGGAGGCCCCUGUGGAGUGGAGGAAGGGGACAGAGAUCCUCAGACCUGGGGACAGAGUCAACAUGAGGCAGGACGGGGCCAUGUGUGAGCUGGAGAUCCGUGACCUGACCAUGGCAGACGCUGGGGAGUACUCGUGCGUGUGUGGGCAGGAGAGAACCUCAGCCACGCUCAACGUCAAGGCCCUACCUGCCAAGUUCAUAAAGGGCCUGAUGAAGGAAGAGGCCACAGAAGGAGCCAGAGCUGUACUGUGCUGUGAGCUGAACAAGGAGGCCCCCGUGGAGUGGAUGAAGGGGCCCAAGACCCUCAAAUCUGAGGACAGACUGACGCUGAGGCAUGAUGGUGCUGUGUGUGAGCUGGAGAUCCGUGGCCUGACCAUGGCAGAUGCUGGGGAGUACUCGUGCGUGUGUGGGCAGGAGAGAACCUUGGGCACACUCAUCGUCAAGGCCCUGCCUGCUGAGUUCAUAGGCAGAAUGAGAAGCAAGGAAGCCACAGAAGGGGCCACGGCCACCCUGUACUGUGAGCUGAACAAGGAGGCCCCUGUGGAGUGGAAAAAGGGGCUUGAGACCCUCAGAGCUGGGGACAGAGUGAGCCUGAAGCAGGACGGGGCCGUGUGUGAGCUGGAGAUCCGUGACCUGACCAUGGCAGAUGCUGGGGAGUACUCGUGCGUGUGUGGGCAGGAGAGAACCUCGGCCACGCUCACCGUCAAGGCCCUGCCUGCCAAGUUCACAAAGGACCUGAGGAAGGAAGAGGCCACAGAAGGAACCACAGCUACACUGUGCUGUGAGCUGAGCAAGGAGGCCCCCGUGGAGUGGAGGAAGGGGCCCAAGACCCUCAAAUCUGAGGACAGAGUGACCCUGAGGCAGGACGGGGCCAUGUGUGAGCUGGAGAUCCGUGGCCUGACCAUGGCGGAUGCUGGGGAGUACUCGUGCGUGUGUGGGCAGGAGAGAACCUCGGCCACGCUCACCGUCAAGGGU